GAGCCUUGUUUUCAUGCCAUUAGCAGGAAGUCAGCUCGGAUCCUCGCCGCCUGAACCGGCUCCAGGCUUUCUCUUAUCCCUCGCGUUUUUUCGCCCCGCUGUGUCCAGGGGCCUGAUCCUCGGCCGUGCGGGGCCUCUGGCCCCGGUCCAGGCGGCUCUCGCGGCGGCGGUGCGAUCACAGCAGCUCUCCGAGCCCCUCUGCUUUACGCGCUUGGUUAAGCGCCUGCCUGCGUGCCAAAAUAUUUGAGCCCUUGCAGAACUAAAUCCCCUCCGAGGGGAGAGGCAGACACCAGCUGGGCUUUAGGGAAGAGAUCUCCUGCACGCCGCGGCCCCGCGCCCGGGCGCUCGCUGCCUUCAGCCUCCCGCUCUCGCUGCCCUGGGCACCGGCACCGGGUGCUGCUGGUGGCACCGGGUCCCCCGGCAGGGCUGGCAGGAGGGAUCAUCUCCUGCCAGCGGUGACACGGGGCGAUGCGAAAACCACAUUUCCUUCAGCGAAUGCCGACCCUGUCGGAGCCACAGAUAACAUCGAAGGGCUGACCAGACCGGCGGUGCCCGUGAUGCCCUGAACGCCGAGCGCGGAGGAAGCAGAGACUGUGUCCCGUUAGCUCCUCUUCCUUCCCUCACCCCUUUCGUUUGGGUUUGUUUCUAUUUAUUUUGCGGCCGGGCUUGGGGACAUGGCCUCGGCCGGCCGUGGCGCUGCCGCCAUGCGGCUCCCUUGGCUCAAGCCCCGCUCGCCCCUCCACGUUUGGACCCUGCUGCUCUUGGGGAGCACCUGGCUACCGCUGGCGGAAGGCAGCCCCAAGCCUCCCUUUAGGACUUUCCCGGUUUCAGACUGGAGCUUGACGCACCUGGUGGUCCACAACAAGACCGGGGAGGUGUACGUGGGGGCCGUCAAUCGGAUCUACAAGCUCUCCAACAACCUCACGCUCCUGCGGACGCACGUGACGGGGCCGGUGGAGGACAACGAGAAGUGUUACCCUCCGCCCAGCGUCCAGUCCUGUCCCCACGGCCUGGUCACCACCAACAACGUGAACAAACUGCUGCUGGUGGACUACUCGGGGAACCGGCUCAUCGCCUGCGGCAGCGCCUCGCAGGGGAUCUGCCAGUUCCUGCGGCUGGACGACCUCUUCAAGCUGGGCGAGCCCCACCACCGCAAGGAGCACUACCUCUCCAGUGUCAACGAGUCCGGGACCAUGUCCGGGGUCAUCAUCGAGGUGGUGAACGGGCAGAACAAGCUCUUCAUCGGGACGCCCAUCGACGGCAAGUCGGAGUACUUCCCCACGCUCUCCAGCCGCAAGCUGAUGGCCAACGAGGAGAACGCGGAGAUGUUCGGCUUCGUCUACCAGGACGAGUUUGUCUCUUCCCAGCUUAAGAUCCCCUCGGACACGCUCUCCAAGUUCCCCACCUUCGACAUCUACUACAUCUACAGCUUCAGCAGCGAGCAGUUCGUUUACUACCUGACCCUGCAGCUGGACACCCAGCUCACCUCGCCCGACUCCACCGGGGAGCAGUUUUUCACCUCCAAGAUCGUCCGCCUCUGCGUGGACGACCCCAAGUUCUACUCCUACGUGGAGUUCCCCAUCGGCUGCGUGCAGGACGGCAUCGAGUACCGCCUGAUCCAGGACGCUUACCUCACCAAGCCUGGCAAGGCCCUGGCCAAGUACCUGGGCAUCUCGGAGCAGGAGGAUAUCCUCUUCACCAUCUUCUCCCAGGGCCAGAAAAACAGGGUGAAGCCUCCCAAGGAGUCUGUGCUCUGCCUCUUCACGUUGAAGAAGAUCAAGGAUAAGAUCAAGGAGCGUAUCCAGUCGUGCUACAGAGGGGAAGGGAAGCUCUCGCUGCCCUGGCUCUUGAACAAGGAGCUGGGCUGCAUCAACUCGCCGCUGCAGAUCGACGACAAUUUCUGCGGCCAGGAUUUUAACCAGCCGCUGGGCGGGACCGUCACCAUCGAGGGGACGCCGCUGUUCGUGGACAAGGAGGACGGGAUGACCUCGGUGGCUGCCUACGACUACAGGGGACAGACCGUCAUCUUCGCGGGCACGCGGAGCGGGAAGAUCAAAAAGAUCCUGGUGGACUUGCCGGCCGACAGGAAGCACCAGGCGCUGCAGUACGAGAACGUGGUGGCCCACGAGGGCAGCUCCAUCCUGCGAGACCUGGUGCUGAGCCCCGACCGCCAGCACCUCUACGCCAUGACCGAGAAGCAGGUGACGCGGGUGCCGGUGGAGAGCUGCGAGCAGUACGAGAGCUGCGAGCUGUGCCUGGGCUCCCGGGACCCCCACUGCGGCUGGUGCGUCCUGCACAACAUAUGCUCGCGCAAGGACCGGUGCGAGCGGGCGGACGAGCCGCAGCGCUUCGCCUCCGACCUGCGGCAGUGCGUGCAGCUCACCGUCCAGCCCAAGAACAUCUCGGUCACCAUGUCGGAGGUCCCGCUGGUCCUGCAGGCCUGGAACGUCCCAGACCUCUCGGCAGGAGUCAACUGCUCCUUCGAAGACUUCACUGAGUCCGAGAGCCGCAUCGAGGACGGGAGGAUCUACUGCAGCUCUCCCUCUGCCAAGGACGUCAUCCCCAUCACCAGGGGCCGCGGGGACAAGCGAGUGGUGAAGCUCUACCUGAAAUCUAAAGAGACGGGGAAGAAAUUUGCCUCUGUGGAUUUUGUGUUCUACAACUGCAGCGUCCAUCAGUCCUGCCUGUCCUGCGUGAACGGCUCCUUCCCCUGCCACUGGUGCAAAUACCGGCACAUCUGCACCCACAACGCCGCCGACUGCUCCUUCCUGGAGGGGCGCGUCAAGCUCUCCGAGGACUGUCCCCAGAUCCUGCCCUCCACCCAGAUCUACAUCCCCGUGGGCGUGGUGAAGCCCAUCACCCUGACGGCCAAGAACCUGCCGCAGCCGCAGUCGGGGCAGCGCAACUACGAGUGCAUCUUCCACAUCCCCGGCAGCACCACCCGCGUCACCGCCCUGCGCUUCAACAGCACCAGCAUCCAGUGCCAGAACACCUCGUACUUCUACGAAGGGAACGACAUCAGCGACCUGCCGGUCAACUUGUCCGUGGUCUGGAACGGGAAUUUUGUCAUCGACAACCCCCAGAACAUCCAAGCCCACCUGUACAAGUGCUCGGCCUUGCGGGAGAGCUGCGGGCUGUGCCUCAAGGCCGACCCGCGCUUCGAGUGCGGCUGGUGCGUGUCGGAGAAGCGCUGCUCGCUGCGGCAGCACUGCCUGGCCCCCGAGAGCAGCUGGAUGCACGCCAGCAGCGGCAACAGCCGCUGCACCGACCCCAAGAUCACCAAGCUGUCACCUGAGACGGGCCCCAGGCAAGGAGGGACCCGCCUGACCAUCACCGGAGAGAACCUGGGCCUCAAGUUUGAAGACGUGCGCUGGGGAGUUCGAGUGGGCAAAGUGAUGUGCAUCCCCAUCGAGAGCGAGUACAUCAGUGCUGAGCAGAUCGUGUGUGAAAUCGGCGAUGCCAGCCCGAGCAAGGUCCACGACGCGCGGGUGGAGGUGUGCAUCCAGGACUGCUCCCCCAGCUACCGCGCCACCUCGCCCAAGAGCUUCACCUUCGUGACGCCCACCUUCUCCCGAGUGAUCCCCGCCCGGGGCCCUCUCUCCGGCGGCACCUGGAUCGCCAUCGAAGGAAGCCACCUGAAUGCUGGCAGCAACGUCACCGUCACCAUCGGGGGACGGCCCUGUGCCUUCUCAUGGAGAAGCGCCCGUGAGAUCCGCUGCAGGACGCCCCCCGGGCACACCCCCGGCGGGUCCCCCAUCCUCAUCAACAUCAACCGGGCAGAGCUGAGCAACCCGGAGGUGAAGUACAACUACACGGAGGACCCCACUAUCCAAAAGAUUGAUCCCGAGUGGAGCAUCAACAGUGGUGGGACGCUGCUGACUGUGACUGGCACCAACCUGGCUACCAUCAAGGAGCCCAAGAUCCGGGCCAAGUACUGCAGCUCUGAAAGGGAGAAUAACUGCACGGUGUACAACGACACCACCAUGGUGUGCUAUGCGCCCUCCAUCGACAACCCCGAGCGGAGCCCUCCAGAGGUCGGCGACCGCCCGGACGAGAUCGGCUUCAUCAUGGAUAACGUCCAGGCCCUGCUGAUCGUCAACACCACCAACUUCGUCUACUACCCGGACCCUGUCUUCGAACCACUCAGCCCCACGGGGAUGCUGGAGCUGAAGCCCAGCUCUCCCCUCAUCCUCAAGGGCAGGAACCUGCUCCCUCCGGGUGCCGGGAACUCCCGCUUGAACUACACGGUGCUGAUCGGGGACACUCCCUGCACCCUGACUGUGUCCGAGACCCAGCUCCUCUGCGAGUCGCCCAACCUCACGGGCCAGCACAAAGUCACGAUUAAGGCCGGGGGGUUCGAGUUCUCCCCGGGGACGCUGCAGAUCUACUCGGACAGCCUGCUCACCCUGCCCGCCAUCAUCGGCAUCGGCGGCGGGGGCGGCCUGCUGCUCCUCAUCAUCAUCAUCGUCCUCAUCGCCUACAAGCGCAAGUCCCGGGACGCCGACCGCACCCUGAAGCGCCUCCAGCUGCAGAUGGACAACCUGGAGUCCCGGGUGGCCCUCGAGUGCAAAGAGGCUUUUGCCGAGCUGCAGACUGACAUUAACGAACUGACAAACGACCUGGAUGGGGCCGGCAUCCCCUUCCUGGAUUACCGCACGUACGCCAUGCGAGUUCUCUUCCCCGGGAUAGAAGACCACCCCGUGCUGAAGGAGAUGGAGGUCCAGGCGAACGUGGAGAAGUCCUUGACCCUCUUCGGGCAGCUGCUGAACAAGAAGCACUUCUUGCUGACCUUCAUCCGCACCCUGGAGGCCCAGCGGAGCUUCUCCAUGCGGGACCGCGGCAACGUGGCCUCCCUCAUCAUGACGGCGCUGCAGGGGGAGAUGGAGUACGCGACGGGCGUGCUGAAGCAGCUCCUCUCCGACCUCAUCGAGAAGAACCUGGAGAGUAAGAACCACCCCAAGCUGCUCUUGCGGAGAACGGAAUCGGUGGCAGAGAAGAUGCUGACAAAUUGGUUCACGUUUCUGCUGUACAAGUUCCUGAAGGAGUGUGCUGGGGAACCGCUCUUCAUGCUCUACUGUGCCAUCAAGCAGCAGAUGGAGAAGGGACCCAUCGAUGCCAUCACAGGAGAGGCUCGCUACUCCCUCAGUGAAGACAAGCUUAUCCGGCAACAGAUUGACUACAAGAUGCUGACCCUCAACUGUGUGAACCCUGAGAACGAGAACGCCCCAGAGAUUCCUGUCAAGGUGCUCAACUGUGACACCAUCACGCAGGUGAAGGAGAAGCUGCUGGAUGCUGUCUACAAAGGGGUGCCCUAUUCCCAGCGUCCCAAAGCUGGAGACAUGGACCUUGAGUGGCGGCAGGGCAGGAUGGCCCGGAUCAUACUGCAGGACGAGGAUGUCACCACAAAGAUUGACAAUGACUGGAAGAGGCUCAACACCCUGGCCCACUACCAGGUGACGGAUGGCUCCUCGGUAGCCCUGGUGCCCAAGCAGAACUCAGCGUACAACAUCUCCAACUCCUCCACUUUCACCAAGUCCCUCAGCAGAUACGAGAGCAUGCUGCGCACAGCCAGCAGCCCCGACAGCCUGCGCUCACGGACCCCCAUGAUCACCCCCGACCUGGAGAGUGGCACCAAGCUCUGGCACCUGGUGAAAAACCACGACCACAUGGACCAGAGAGAGGGCGACCGAGGCAGCAAGAUGGUUUCCGAGAUCUAUCUGACCCGCCUGCUAGCCACCAAGGGCACCUUGCAGAAGUUUGUGGAUGACCUGUUUGAGACUAUCUUCAGCACAGCACAUCGUGGGAGCGCGCUGCCCCUCGCCAUCAAAUACAUGUUUGAUUUCCUGGACGAACAAGCUGAUAAGCAUCAGAUCAAUGAUUAUGAUGUCAGGCACACCUGGAAGAGUAACUGUCUACCUCUACGUUUUUGGGUGAAUGUGAUUAAGAACCCCCAGUUUGUGUUCGACAUUCACAAGAACAGUAUUACUGAUGCCUGCCUAUCCGUGGUGGCUCAGACAUUCAUGGACUCCUGCUCAACUUCUGAGCACAAAUUAGGAAAAGACUCUCCCUCCAACAAACUACUGUACGCCAAGGACAUCCCCAACUACAAGAGCUGGGUAGAAAGAUAUUAUGCAGAUAUUGCUAAAAUGCCAGCGAUCAGCGAUCAGGACAUGAGCGCGUACCUGGCGGAGCAGUCACGUUUACACCUCAGCCAGUUCAACAGCAUGAGUGCGCUGCACGAGAUCUACUCCUACAUCACCAAGUACAAGGACGAGAUUUUAGCCGCGUUAGAGAAGGACGAGCAGGCCAGGAGGCAGCGGCUGAGGAGCAAGCUGGAGCAGGCGAUCGACACAAUGGCCUUAAGCAGCUGAAGAGGCGGCGGCACGGUGCCAGCUUCCCGAGCGGCGGCGGCGGCAGGAGAGGGGCCAGCGAGCGGCAGCCGCGGGCAGGACACUUUGGGGCUGGGGCCGGGCGCACGCUUCCCACCGCCCAACAAGGAAACCUCGCCCGCCAGCAGGGGAAAAAAAAAUCAAAAAGCAUCCCGAUGACAGCAGCCACAAGGAUAAAACACACCCCCCCUCUACGCACACCCCGAUGCAACCGGGACGCGGCAGAGACCUUGCAAAGGGGGCGGCCGAGGAGGAGGAGGAGGGAGCCGCGUGCCCCAUGGACCCGCUGGGACCCCCGGGGACCCCCUGCCCCAGGCAGAGCCCCCUGAGCCCGUGGGGAAGGAGGGUCGGGACCGCGGGGCUUUCUAGGACGGCGUUUGGAUGUUGUUGUUACUUCGGUGGAGGGAGGGGGGUGGGCUCCUGUUUGUACUGUACUUGACUUGCUCUCCCCCCCUUGCCCCCCAGCUGUCUGCCCCCUCUCCUCCUCCCCCUGUCUCUUUUUCUGUCUCUUCCCCCCUUCUCUCUCUCUUUCUGGCCUUCUGCCACUAGUGUUAACUGCUAUAUUUGCACAAUUUACACGAGACAAAAUUUUUAAUUUAAAGAAAGGAAAAAAAAAUAUAACAAAAAAUGGGAGGGGAAAAAAAAAAGAUUCUAAAUUUUGCAACAAACUAACAAAAAAACGGUUUUAAAAAAUAAGCUAAAGGACUGAUGCUGGGGAGAUUUCGGGGUGGGGGCAAUAGGGGUGGGCAGGAAAGGGAGAAAUCCUGAGCUUUGAUAUUUCUUAAAAUACGUCCUGUGCCAUGUUUUAUUUGAAUGUUGUU